AUGGCGCGGGAUGUUUGUCCAACGAAUUCCGAGCCAACGCUCUCCUUCACCCAGGGCUUCAUUCUCGGCCAGAUAUCCGUAGUACUUCUGAUCGCCGCCUUUAUCAAAUUCUUCAUCUUUGGCGAUCCCCCCUCGCCCGAAAUUACCGCAUCGAUCCGCGCCGCUGAGCGUCGUUCACGAACACUUGCUCACAAGAGGUCGCUCUUGAGCCUAAGGGAGUCCAGCACCCGACGAGCAGGCCAGCAACCCACCCUUAAUAGGAAAAAAUCCAGCAUUCUGCGCCCGAGCCCCCCGCCUUUGACCAUCGGUUCCAUCCUCGACAAGACAUACUACAAGGUGGACAGUCAUCAGCCGGAGAGCUUGGAUUGGUUCAAUGUGUUGGUGGCUCAGACAAUUGCACAAUUCCGUAGCGACGCCCAGCAUGACGACGCAAUCCUCACCUCGCUCACGAAGGCGCUCAAUGGGACCUCACGCCCAGACUUUGUCGAUGAGAUCCGUGUUACCGAGCUGAGCCUGGGCGAGGACUUUCCCAUAUUCAGCAACUGCCGCAUCAUCCCCGUAGACGAGGAUGGCCUCAACCUCCAGUCAGCUGUGUCCGUUGUACGAUUCAGUGGCACCCUGUCCAUAUCCUUCGUCCCGAGCAAUCCCUCCGAGAACACGCCGACCAAGAUGACCUUCACCUUUCUUGACGACUACAGGCUAGACUUUUCCAUCCGCAGCUUGAUGGGAAGUCGUUCAAGGUUACAAGACGUUCCCAAGAUCGCACAGCUGGUUGAGUCGCGCCUCCAUCGCUGGUUUGACGAACGGUGCGUCGAGCCGAGGUUUCAAGAGAUUGCCCUCCCCAGCAUGUGGCCGCGGAAGAAGAACACGCGCGGCGGCGACGAGGCGAUUGCCGACGCAGAGCGCUCCAUGGGCAAAUCAAAGGGUAUGGAAAUGGCCAAAGAAAUGCGAACCGAGGCUCGGAGAGAGGUUGAGGCUGAGACGGAUGUGCGAGCUGAUAGGGGACACGAAUCACUGAGAUACCGGCGGCGACCACAAACCGACGAUUCCUUUUCUACGUCCGGGUCGAUGCCCGGCUCGAUGCCAGACCUUGACAUUCCGACAUGA